UAAUAUUAGUUUAAAAAUUUGAGUAACAAAUUAGGUACAUUUUAGGCAAUCAGAAACCUUUUCUUUUGCACAGUCCAAAUUAUUUGUUAUAUUCACUGACCAAUGAGUGCCACGAACAAAGAAAUCGGAAAAGCGAUCUUGGCAGCACAGCAAAUUAGGCAGAUGCAUCAAUAUGAAAGCCUGAUGAUGACAUUAGAAAGAUGCGACGAUUUCCCAAGGAAGUCCAAAAGCGAUUACUCCCUGACCCGCGUCAAUUUCAAGUCCACAGACGUGUUGGAUGCUUCCACGGCGGAUUUGAUGGCCACCGGGUCGGCAACGAGCCGCCUACCUGCCGGAGCAACGUGCAGCUGUCGUUCCUCUUCGGAACGCUCGAAACCUGCUGGCUUAAAGCAUCAUCCGGCUGCCAGCGAUUCGAAAUCAAACCAAACCGUUUCAACCGAGGACAUAGGCACUCAAACCGGCUUCCAAACGGAUCCCAAUGAGGAUUGCAUUUUCGACCCAGAUGCAUCCACCCAAUCGAUUCUUAAUAUGCAAGAUGCAGAGACACAAUCGCUUCCAGAAUUAUCUAAAAACAGAAGCAGCAUACAAACGCAAACGGAAUAUGAAGAACCAAAUACUGCUAGAUUUACAUCGAAAAGUCAACCUUCUAAGACCAAGCAUGAAGAUGAAAAAGCUACAAAAUCGAAUUCUUCGUUGCGAAAAUGUUUCUUUAAGCGCCCACUAAUCGUCGUAAAAGGAGGUACUCUCAUAUCAUCCCACUUUACAGCAAAUGUCCAUCAAAUUAGAACUGAUAACGUAUUACUCAGUACUCGAAAAGAAGAUAAACAGACACAAUAUGAAAAUCCUUCCGGGUCACAAUCUGAAAUCACAAAUAUCUCAAGUGAUAGGCCUUCAGGUCCUGCGACCUGUUCACAAAUCCUCGAUAGAGUACAGGAACUCGAAAUAAUUUUGAAGAGACAGGAGCGUUCUCUAAGGGAUCUGCAAGGCUCUGUUAAAUCAUGGAAGGCACAGGAAUGCAAGCCCUCUGAUUGUAGAACCAUAUUUCAAGUUCAGCCGGAGGAACGCGAACUUCCGAGAAAACCUGAAACACGUGACCAAGCAUCCCAGGAGGAACGCAAUUUGCCAAGAAACCCCGAAACUUUUGACCAGGCAUCCCAGAAAAAAGAUAUAGUUCGUUGCGAGAAACUCGAAUUGCCAAGAAAAUCUGAAACAUUUGUUCGGAGUGCCCAGAAAAAAGAAAAAGCUCAUUGCGAAUGCAAUACCCAAUCCAAAGAAUUUAUUCAAAUAUUUAUGAAGCCUGAAACUGCGCAAGAGGCACAGAAAUCAAAUAAAUAUCAGCAUCGCAGUGAAGAAAGUAAUGAAAACUCCAGAAAGAAUAAUCCAAGGUGUUAUCAGGAGAAUGGAAAUGAAAUAUCUCAGAAAUAUAACCAAAUCUCAACUGCUAACCAGUGCUUAAAAAAUACCCAAGACUUUCUGCAAAAAUUCGAUCGGGUUUUUGCUAAAACUAAAAGUGAAGAAAUAAUUUGUGACAAGUCUAGAAAUAUUGCAGAAACUAAACAAAUUGAAAGACAAAAUGAUAUGGAACAAAGGGUAGAAAACUUACUGGACGAAUUUGUUGAAUUGGUUAAAAAACCCAAAUCCGAUUCCGUGAGUGCAAGAAAAGUUUCUUCCACAUCUUGCUUAGAAGCCAAGAGUUCCAGACAAUCGAAUCCAUCUGUAGAGAAGGAAGUAUACAAAUCCUUGAUCGAGCAGCUUAUUAGUCUUUUCACAAAAUCCAAGUCCUGUGAAAAUAAGGUUGAUUCGCAGAAGGCAGAAUCUGAGUCCUUCUCAUUCGAUCGCUUACUGGCAGAAUUUAUAAAUAUGUUUACGAGAUCCAACAGCAUGGAGGAGGACAGACCCAAAAAAGUGACUAUCUCAGAGAAGGAAACCAUUUUGGGCACAAAACCAAUGUCCAGCUGCAACUGCUCAAAAGCUCAUCGCAAUGUUAAAUCCACUGCAAUGCAGUCGGACCUUAAGAUGUCGGAUAUGGACUUGGAUUUGAACGCGCAUAGCGAGUCCUGUCAAUUUGAAGGAAAGUCUACACUAAGUGAAAUUACAAGGAACAACCAGCGGAGGGAACCGCCGCCACGUGCAUGCCAAUUCUGUGGCGAUGGCAAUCUGCCCAUUCUAGACUCCUUGUUGGACGACCUAUUUUGGCUGAUUGGACCGAGGGCCUUCGAAGACGUGGUACUGACCAUACUGCGUCAAGAGGAGAAUGUCUACCACAUCAAGGUGCGUGAGAUGGCUACCGGAAACGAUCUGGGCUGUAUUCUGGGGAAUGGAAAGGCCAUCAACCAAGCGAUCGGCCUUGGAGUAUUCGAGGACAUUCACACGUUCUGUGAGCUGGACAAGCACAGGGAGCACGAUCCCAGGGACUGCCCGCUGGGCACUAGUAUGGACGCAUUUUGCCCACGUGAGCGCGGCGGUGAGAUGGUACCAGAUGGAUGGGUCGACAAGGAAAGAGUCGUAGAGUUUUGCACUCGUGUGCUGGGUCUCCCUGCUGGACAAGCGGGUCGCUUCUUCUCCCUGACCAACGCCCUCAAAUUGGCCAAAAAGUCAUCAGUCGAUUGCUCGGGUUUGCUUCUUCACGGCAAAAAUCGGGAACUAACUGGAAUAGGAGCAGUUACUGAAAGUGAUGUCAGUAAACACGUUUUCACUACAAAGGAUUCGAGCGAUGUGGUCAAGACAUCCAGCUUGUUCCUACGCAUAAUUUCGGGCCAGGAUAAUGAAGUUCCAGAAGAUGACGAUUCAUCAUGCGUUUUUGAUAACCAUAAUCCAUUUUAGCUUGUGAAAAUAGUGACCAUUUCUUUCCCUUUACAUUUGCCUUUAGAUUAUGCGAAAAAAUUUGUAUAAUUUUGUAUGAAAAUACAUUUUAAGGUUUUAUUAAGUA